GAAAAGAGCGGAAGAAGAAAGGAAACUAGGAAAAACUGUCAAAAUUGGAUACCAGAAGAUCACCAUAGAAGGAAGGGAAUGGAGGUGGAAUAGAAGAAAGAAUGCAGUAGAGGAAGUGGCAAGUAAUGGAAAUCCAGUAGGCAACCCAAAAAACUGAUUAAGAGAUGGACUGGACACGAGAUGACGAAAACCGCAACGAAAAUGGACAUGCACAAAAGAAAUAGCAAAAGUAAGCACAGUAGAGAGAAGGGUGGAACAACUUUAAGAAUAGGCACUUGGAACAUUAGAAGCUUGAACGGCAAAGAGCACGAACUGGUAGAAGAAUUUGAAAACGCAAAACUAGAUUUCUUAGCAAUUACAGAAACAAAGAAGAAAGGCCAAGGAAUAAUACAGCUCGAAAGAGGACACACACUACUAUACAGUGGAGUAAAACCGGAAGUAAGAGCAGCAGAAGGAGUGGGCUGUAUAAUAAGAAAAGAACAUGUAAAAUGUUUGAAGAAAUGGGAAUUUAUAUCAGGGAAGGUUCUAAAAGUGGAACUACAACAAAACCAACAAAACACAAUCACCCUGGUUAUAACCUACGGCCCUAGCGAGGACGAAAUAGCUAGCAAAAAAGACAAAUUCUGGGAAGAUUUGACAGCAAUCACAGAAAGUAUAAGCGGCAGAUUAAUAAUACUAGGAGAUUUUAACGGACGAGUCGGAAAAAGGAAAAAUGAGGGAGCAGACGUAAUCGGAAACCAAGGGGAAGAUCAUAAAAACAAUAACGGAGUGAGAUUAAUAAACUUUUGUGUAGACAACAACCUAAUAAUAACAAACACAUUCUACAAACACAAAGAGAUACACAAGUUUACGAGAGAAGUUGAGAGCAGAAACGAAAAAUCCAUAAUAGAUUAUAUUCUUAUUAAUAGAGAAUACAGAAAAGAAAUUAUAGACGUCAAAGUAAAAAGGGGACCAGAAAUUUACAGCGACCACUACUUAGUAGUUGCAAAGAGUCGUUUAGAUACAGAAAUGCAAACAAAUUGCGUGGAAAAAACACACCUGACAAAAGUUAACGAAGCCAUUAGGACAUAUAAAUUACAAGAACCGGAAAUAUUUAUUAAAUUUACAGAAGAAAUAGAAAAAAAGGCAGAAAAAGAUUCAGCACAAUGGGAAACCAUGAAUUUGGAGCAACUAUGGCUACUCUUCAAAGAAAGCGUAAUAUCAACAGCGAAAGAAACGUGUGGUGUAAUAGGCAUAAAUAAAAACAAAAAACAAACGAAAUGGUGGAAUCAAGAAUUAAAAGAACAAGUAAAAAUCAAGAAAGAAAAAUGGAAACUAUACCUAAGUAUGAAAUCGGAAGCCAGCUACCAAGUAUACAAGCAACAGCGAAUAAAAGUAAAAGCAAUGGUACUACAAUCCAAACAGCAAACAUGGGAAGAGUUCGGAAGAAAAAUAGAGACAGAUAGCAAAACAAACCAAAAACUAUUUUAUAAAGUGCUAAAAAACUUAAGGAAAGAUAAACACCACACAUUGAAGUACGUGAAAGCAAAAGAUGACAGUGUAUUAACAGAAGAGAAAGCAAUCAUAGAAAGAUGGAAGGAAUACUUUGAAGAACUGCUCAACCUAGACACACAAGCCAAUUUUCUAACCGAGGAAGAAAUCAGCUAUACAGAAAGCGAAGAGGACAGUAAUAUACAAAUGGAAGAACUGAGGAAAACGAUAAAGUAUAUAAAAAAAGGGAAAUCAGCUGGCCACGACAAGAUAAAUGCAGAGAUGCUGAAAAACCUAGGGGCGCGAGGGACAGAAAUGCUAACAAAAAUCUUCAACAAGGCAUGGACUACGGGAAAAGUACCAGAAGACUGGAAGUUGGGAAUAAUAAUACCGUUAUUCAAGAAGGGCGACAGUAGAGACUGCAGUAAUUAUAGGGGCAUUACAAUACUAAGUGUGGUAUCAAAGGUAUAUGAACACAUAAUGGAGGCAAGACUAAGAACCCAAAUAGAAGAGCAGCUGGCAGACACUCAGAGUGGCUUCAGGAAAGGAAGGAGCGUACAGGAUCAUAUCUUCAGCAUCAAACAAAUGAUAGAGAAAAGCAAAAUGCAAAAUUCUGAAAUUUACAUGGCCUUUCUGGACCUUGAAAAAGCAUUCGAUAGAGUACCGCGAAGCGUAAUAUGGAAAAGUCUAACGCAAAGGAAGGUGAGUGCAAAGUUAAUAGAAGGAAUAAAGGGGUUAUACGAAAAUAACAAAAGUUAUGUGAGGAAGAAUAAUAGACAAUCGACAACAUUUGAAAUAAGCGAAGGUUUAAGGCAAGGAGGGGUCCUGAGCCCAAUACUGUUUCUACUGAUAAUGGACGAUAUCAUCAAAGCAACAGCAACCAGAACCAAAAAGGUGCAUAUCGGUACCAACAAGCUAAUACCCGUGAACGUGUCAGAAUGUGCCUUUGCGGACGACGUAAUGAUUUGUGCAGCAAAGGAGAAGGACCUGCAAGAUAACCUACGGAUAUGGGAAGAAGAAUUAACAAAGAGAAACAUGAUAAUAAACACGAAUAAAACAAAAGUAAUGGUGAUAAGUAAGGAGAACAAGAACACUAACAUAGUAAUAAAUCAAAACAAGAUAGAACAAGUCGAAGCAUUCAAGUAUUUAGGGGUAUUGAUAGACAGAGAGGGAAAUACUAUGAAAAGUAAAAUACAGGCCACCGACAUGAAAUACUUAAGAAGAGUUAAAGGAAUCACCAGAAUGGACAGAAUAAGAAAUGAGGCGGUGCGAGAAGAACUGGAAAUUGAGUCAAUUAUUGACAUGACAGAGAAACAAAAACUGAAGUGGUUUGGGCAUAUAUGCAGAAUGGACAACGACAGACAAGUUAAAAGGAUAUGGGAAUCAGGCGUGCAAAAGAAAAGAACAAGAGGACGACCCAAAAAAACGUGGAACGAUGAAGUGGCCGCAAUACUGAAAAGAAAAGGAAGAACGUGGGCAGAAGCGAGAAAACUGGCAAGAGAUAAGAAACAAUGGACAAAAUUUGUACACGAAAUUGAAAUGUAAAUUAAAAUUAUGUACCUUACACCUUAGGGUAAAAGGUUU